CGACAAACAAGAAAUCAAACAUCAAGCAACACCCUCCCCCUCCUCCUGGCGAGUGAGAAAGUCUAUCGCGGACCUGCUGAGUCGACUGCAUCAGGAGGGCUCAUCGCAUCGCUCUAUCUACUUCCCUGCUGACGACCAUCUCUCCGAAAGUCUCAGCGUACAGCAAUGUCCGAUCCAACCUUCGACCUCCUCCCGACUCUCCUCACCUUCACGCCGCGUCUGCUGUCUUCGCUCGUCCUUGCUGGUCUUUGGCGAUGGGUCAGCUCACCCUUCAUUAUUGCAGGCUUGUUCAUCUUGUCUUGGCUGUCUAGUAAGGUACUGCCUUGUACUGCAAGCACACAAGCAAGAGCAAACCCGCCAUCGCCCGUGAAUCGUGGUCGAUCAGGCAGACCCAGUGACAGUCUCAACAGCGAAGAAAAGAUUCCUCAACGCAGUGGUUCUGCAAGCGGUGUCUCCAUUCAUUCUGUGUCUGAUUCAGAUAGUAGCAGUGGCAGCAGUACCGACCAUCGCGUCGCAUUCCCAGGCCUCGGUCGUCGAACAAAACACUGGCAAACGAUGCUCGGUGGUCCCGGUGGGCGUCGUGCAAAUCUCGUGAAUGCAGCCAUCAACCUCAUCUUAUUCGCUGCCGUGUUGCAGCGUACGCAACCUUUGCAGGUGCUUUUUGCUGAGCCUGGUUGUUUCGCAGUGUCGACGACGGCAGGGACUGAAAGUAUGACACUCCAAACGCGUAUGAGCCUUGCACCGCGAUGCCUGCAGCGCAUCGACCCUGCCAAGCCAUUGGUAUUGCAUGUCCUUGCCAAAGAUGCAAGUGACACGCAUCGUGAUGUGGUACUGGACGUUUCACGAUUGCACGAGGGCAAGGAGGAGGUUGUCAAACAUACUGGCCUUUCUUCCGGAACUGCCUAUCGCGUUCAUAUCACGCAAGGCACUGGACUACAUUAUGUUGGUGUGGCGCGUACAGCACUGGUCGACAAGAGAUUGCCGGAUGGACGGUGUUCACUCGGUCUGCAUGCGUCAGGCGAUGGUCUAUCGACACGCGAACGCAUCCAUAAUCUAUUUGGCCAGACACUCUGUGGACCUGUGGGUGGCAAGAGUCUGCUGUACCAAAUGGACGUCCUCAAAGCCUAUCUUCAGAGCAAACUGAGGUGAACAAAAAAGGGGAAACAUCUUCAUGUACCAUAUUACCAUCAUUUAAUCGUC